AUGCGUGCUGCGAACCACCUGGACUCCCCUUCUGGCUACUUUGAAAUUGUGAGGCAUGGUGUGAACUCGGAGUACUACGCGAUCCAAUGGUUUCUGACGCUCUACGCUAGUGAUUUGCCACAGGACGUGGUGCGCAGAAUCUGGGAUCGCUUCCUGGUCGCUGGUUGGAGAGUUGUGGUACAAAUUGGCCUGGCUUUGCUCUACCGCAUCCAAGACGCGUUGAUCCACAUGGACACUUGUCGAGCACUCUCCUUCCUCAAGAGGUUCACGCGUAACGCUAAGUUCACCUCGAAGGACUUGCUGGACACCGCAGCCACUUUCAAGGUUUCACAUCGGAUGCUCUCUGCCUUGGAAGCAGCUUAUGGCUGGCCAGGGGAGUCACAGCUGACAGUGAUUAAGGACUUGAACAGCGGUCAGGUACAUUGGGUGGUGCAGGCAGUGCAGCCAAAGCUGAGCUGCGCCUACAACGAUUCACCCGAUGCGGAGCAUGAGGAGCCUACUGUCCGGUCCUUUGCACGAGCUUCAGCUAGCUCUGGAUCGAACACAGGAGAAGGCGAUCGCCACUGCCCUCAAGGCAAAGUUCUGCCUUUUUUGCUCCACAACUUGGACACCGGCGAGACCACCAUGAUGGAGAAGGCUUUCUCCCAGUACAAGGGGGAGAUGCACCAGCAAGCACGCGCCAAAGCUGGCCCGGCACAGGCUGCCCCCUCAGCGGCAGAGAUGCCGGCCCUGAGUGGCGCCUUGUCAGAUAUGCCUGCUGGCAGCUUUUGGAUGCAGACCGUUCAGAAGCAAGCGGAGCGUCGGCUUGCCCAAACAUGA